AUGUCAUGGUUCCUAAGAGGAGUGCAGAGCGCCGUCUUCCACUACGCCUCAUGCGCCCCCUGCGCCGGCUACUCGGAUGGCAGAAAGAGACGGAAAGCUGCGCGCGCCGCGAGGAAGGUCAAGGACAAGCUGCAGCUCGAAGACCCCGACGCCUACCAGCACCCGCCGCCCACUGGCACCAACCCGUACUGGGAGGAGGAGAUACGCAUGGGACCUGGGCCGCCCCCUCGACGAGCACGCCGGACCAACACCGGCAGCACGCGCGCCAUCACCACCGCCGGCACCCACCACUCGGCCGUGAGCAAGGGCGGCAGCAGCAUGGACGGCGCCGACGGUCUGCGCCUGAGCAACGACUCCAUCCAGGACGAGACGUGGAACCACAAGCGCUACCAACGAGAAGACGAAGACCUGUGGGGCAUGGACGAGCCGUCCGCUCCGCUGCACCACAUUGCGUCGGGCUCGUCUGCGGGAGGCUCUGGCUUCGCCAUGCCGAGGCCGGCAACCUCGAGGUCGGCAAGCUACUACUCGGUGCGCGCCCCUCCCGUCAACGACCUGCACCCGCCCGUAGUCAGCAUGCCGUCGCCAGAUCCCGCCGACAACCGCUGGAUGCUCCAGCCUCCCCCCAAGGCCAGCGUCAUGGCUGGCCGAGAACGGGCAUCGAACCGCAGUCGCAGCGGAAGUGGCGCCAGCAGUCGCGUGGAGCUGAGCCUACAGCGCCGCCUCAGCACCAAGCAGGUCAAGCACAAGCUUGAGCGAGGGCAGACUCCAGAGAUGCCCUCGAUAUCGCGAAACAGCUCCUACAGCAACCUCAUCUCUAGCCAGCGCCGGGACAGAAGCAGGCCACCUCACGUCCGACCACCCUCUGCGAGCAGCUCACGCCACAAGAAGCGACGUGACACCGCCCUGUCGCGCUCAGACACAGUCAGCACACAUCGCUCGUCCGGCGAAUCGAGCGACACGAUGCACAAGUCAACCUCCGGGCCUCAUGCCCCUGACCUCAAAGUCAUCCGCGUCCACCAAAGCCGCCCAGCCCUCUCAACAGUAGUGUCCAGCGGCUCUGGAGCCAACCCAUCCUCCAGUGACGAAAACACUCUACCCCAAAGACCCAGCCCGGUUCACCACCGGAGCGACUUCACAUACACUUCUACUACCUCUACACAAUCUUACCGGAAUUCGACGCCCCAUCUCCGUGCACCCCUUAGCUCUUCGGACGUCUCGUCCCUCAACGUUCUACAAGACCUUGUCUCGCCACCGCAUCUGCUCAAGAGCCGCUUCGUUUCGGCGCCCCUGGUCGAAGCCAAAAUUCGCCUGCCACCAGCAGACGGCGAUGAGUCACGCACGUUGACCCAGAGACCGAGUUGGUUGGAUGAGCAGGUCAGGGUGCCGUUCGAUCACCAAGGAGCACCCGUGAGAGAUCCGCGGUUCAGAUGGUCUGUGGACUUCUGA